AUGGAGCCUCAAUCACCCCCCAAGCGCAUUACGCGCUCCAGAGCCGCAAAGACGGGCGAGACGUCAACAAGCACGAGGACCACCAAGGUCGUGACUGCUGCGGCGAAAGCCAAGUCAACGGCCACCGCACCGACGCGUUCAACCUCGGCCAAGAGAAAGACCCGAUCGGACGACCACGAAGACGAAGAACACAACGAAGAAGCACAGCAGUCAGAGUCCGCCGUGCGUGCCACAAGAGCCACCCGAGGCCGCCCGAAGAAGACAGCAGAGGAGCCCGCUGCCCGUGAGCCCUCAACAUCAAGUGUGGCUCCCGGCAGAGCCACUCGUGCACGAGCUGUCACACGAAAGGUCUCUACUGCUGAGACCACAGCUCCUAAAGAGGAGCCCGUGAAGGCAACUCGUGGCCGCCCCAGAAAGGCCACCCAGGCGGAAGAAGCUGCCAAGGAGGCAGAGCCAGUAAAGAAGACGACGCGCACCCGCGCAGCACCGGUCACAGCAACCAAGCCCGCCGUCAAGAAGACGGUAACAUUCCAAGAACCCGAAAAGGAAAACAUCGCUCCUGACGCAAGCAAGAAGACGGCUGAAAAGUCCACAACCGCCUCUGGCCUCAGAGCCAGACCCGUCCGAAAGCCUCCCGUUCCCAAGGCCCCUCGAACUGCCCGCGCUGCCACCACCACGAAGACGGAGAAGACCCCCUUGAGCCCUAAGAAGGUCACGCAGAUUCCCAUGUCUCGCGACUGCUCCGAGGACGAGCUGGCCGGCGACAGUACGCCCCCGAGACCCAUGAUGAAGAGCCCCACCAAGCCUCCUGCCAGCGUCCUUGGUUCAUCCAAGAAGCUCAACUUGAUGCCUGUCGAGAAGUCUGCCGACUCCAAGCAGGAUCAGGACGACGAGGAUGCCGAUCCGGAGAACCGGGAAGACGAGGUCACCAACGUGUUGGCUUCGCCUGCCAAGAGACUUCCUGCUCCCCAUCAUCAGGAGUCGAUGAAGUCCCCUGCCAAGCGGAUCGAGGGCAUCUCGUUGAAGCCAUCUUCCAGCAUGAAGUCCAAUGCCGAGGGCGUUGCUCCCACGCCACUCAAGGCUUCUCUCCUGAACUCUCCCGCCAAACGUCCCCAAUCAGCCAUCAAGGCUUUCGCCAUGUCGUCGACCGGAGGCGAAGAGAAGAAGCUCUCCAACUUCAAGGCAUCGCUUCUCCAAUCGCCUGCCAAGCGACCUCUUUCGCCCAUCAAGAGCCUUGCCAAGCCGCAGGAGUCAUUGGAGGAGAUGCAGUCACCUGCGACAAAGCCUCUGCUUCUGUCUACGCCCACUGCUCUGCCUCCCAUGAAGCGCUCCUCAGAGAAGCUGAUGGAGGAGGAAGCCGGCCAAAGUGACGACGAAGAGGAGCAGCUCGACGAGAUCGCAGAGGCCAUGCUCAAUGAGUCGAUCCACUUGGAAGAGCCAAUGCAGUUUCCUGGCCGACUUUCAGCUGUUCUCCCCAGACACGCCGACCCUGUCUUCAAGAAGGACAUGCCUGCUGCCGAGGCUUCUGAGGAGGACCUUGACAACGCUGACGAAAUCGACGUUGUUCAACAGGGUGAGGAGGCUUCCGAGCCCACCGAGGAAGAUGUCAUCGCUGCCGAGACCGCCAUCGACGACGAAUUCGAGGGAGAGCCAAUGAUGGUUGAUGAUGAGGCGUACUUCCAGCCGUCAGUCCAGAUCAACGCACCCUCUGGUAUCUUCGGUCUUCGCCAAAAGGAUAUGGACCCUUACCAUAGCAUGGAUUCCGACUCAGACGACGAGCUUGCCAACAGCCCCCGUGUUUCUGUGGCCCAUAAGUUCGUUCCUCUCACACCGUCUCCGGCGAAGUCUCGUCAGAGCAUCGCCAAGCCGAGAGCCUCGAACAUGGGAUUCACUCCUUUGGCCCAGAAGUUGAACGCCUGGUCUGCCGGAAGCCCUGCGAAGGGUUCUAAGACGCCUGCUACUGCAUCUGCCCAGGUUCCUGAGGACGCAGCUUCCGUCGCUGGCACUCCUCGCGCCUACGACUCCCCCCUCAGAAGCACUUACUUUGAGGAUGAGAUGACUGUCCGCGCUGACAUGGAGGCGCAAAACGAGAUAGAGGCCGCCAUCGAGGCUGAGAUCUCCGCGGCAGCUGAGGAUGUCGACUUUGACGACGUCAUGGUCACUGAUGAGGACAUGGCCCUUGCCGCUGAGGCAAACGAGAUGUCUCUGAUGGAGCCUGAGCAGUUGGGCGAGAUUGUCAACACUUCCAACAGCUUUGAAGACACCCUGUCUGAGGCUAGCCAGGAGUACGGCGACGAGAACGAAAUGCCCGUCGACCCCGCCCUGAUGAACGGAUCUGGCUCUGUUCCCCCGAUCACGCCCAACCGCAUGUUGACGCGCGAGUUCCACACCGUCUCCAAGAUUCCUCUCAAGGCUGCCGACGACUCCACUCCCCGUCCCAAGAAGAAGCGUGCUGCCAGCAUCUCCCGUCUUCCGGCCAGCCGCCCGACUCAGAAUCUUAACAGGAGCGCUACUGUGAUCUCCUACUCGCCCGGCAAGAACAAGCCUGAGCCUGAGGAGGAGGCAGAUGUGCCUGAGUCUGCGCCUGUCACUCCCGCCAAGACGGAUGUCUGGUCGACACUCGGAACACCAGCUCGUACUCCCCGACCGGACGUGAACAGAAAUCUUCUGUCCGGCGCCGUCGUCUACGUUGAUGUACACACCACCGAGGGAGCGGACGCCAGCGGUAUUUUCGUCGAGCUUCUGGGUCAAAUGGGAGCCAGAUGCGUCAAGACGUGGGCCUGGAACCCGAACUCAAUUGAGAACCCCGAUGCCUCUAAGAUCGGCAUCACUCACGUUGUGUUCAAAGACGGCGGCAAGCGCACGAUGGAGAAGGUCAGGGAGUCCAACGGCGUCGUUCAGUGUGUCGGCGUGUCCUGGGUGCUUGACUGUGAGCGCGAGAACGAGUGGCUCGAUGAGGCACCGUACUACAUCGACACAUCCCUGGUUCCCCGUGGAGGUGCUCGCCGUAGAAAGAGCAUGGAGCCCAAGGCUCUGUCGAACCAAGAUGGCGUGCUCGUUCCGUCGCCCGUGAAGGGCUCCCGCGAUACCAGGACGUCGCCCAACACGCCCAUGAACCGACGCGACAGCACCGUCUGGGAGCACAGCUCCUCGGAAGCGACCGAGAGUGACGAUGUUGACUGGGAUGCCCUGAUGUCCCCGGUUCCUGUCACACCCGCUCCCGACGCUCUUGCUCGCUAUGCUGCGAAUGUCACCCCGGAGACGCCUGGCGCCACCGACUACGACUCUUCUCCUACCACGGCUCUGCUGAUGCAGACUUGCCCUCCCAAGCAAAACAACUUCGCCGAGAUGGGCGAUGGUAUUCUCAGGAAAGAGAAGGAUGAGACGGUGAUGCAGCGUUUGAUGGCGGCGCGUAGGAAGAGCUUGCAGUUCGCUCCCAAGAUUGGAAGCCCGUUGGCCAGAGCCUGGAAAUAA